AUGGUUAUAGUGCAACAGAUACCCAGAAUAUUAUCUACGUUGUGUCAAAAUUCCUUUAAAAGACUUUUAAUUUAUCACAACUAUAAAUUAAAUAAAAACAUGUCGUCAUUAAGUAGCGUUCCUCUCGUGGAUAUCGAUCCAAGCGGCGUUUUUAAAUACAUACUAAUUAAUGUCUAUGAAGAGGUGAAAAGUGGUCAAGAGCCGAAAAUGACUAUAGCCAGAGGUUAUAAGAGAUGUAAUUAUCAUUCAGAUAUUUAUGAUGAGGUUCAGGCAAAGCUCUCUCCUCUUGAUUGUGAGCCUCUAGGAGGAGGAAGAAUUUCACAUGACCCAGAAAAUAAGAAAAUUCAUAUUUAUGGUUACUCACAAGGUUACGGAAAAGCUGAUCAUGAGAUCACUGCAAAACUAAUCAAAGCAGCUUUUCCUGAGUAUACCAUUACCAUCAGUGAUGAAGGGUACUAA